AUGCUCAUAAAUGUGUUUUGUCUCUUUCAUGAUUUAGUUCUUCUGCUACUAACAUCUGGAGGAGAUCCUGGUAUAAUAUCGCGCAAUGCACACCCUCCAGAGCCAGAAGGUUUUAAUGGGAAUGUAGAUGUUGGUGCUGUUCAAACUCCACAGUUACGAUUGCCAUGCAUUAAAUAAGUGGCGGUGAAAUUUGAUCACCACUGUCCUUGGGUCAGGCAAUGUAUCAGACUGCAAGACUAUCGGUUCUUCUUCAUGUUUGUGUUCUCUACAACCCUUCUUUGUAUGUAUGUAUUUGGAUUCAGUUGGGUGUACAUUAGAAGGAUCAUGGCAUCAGAGGAGACAACAACUUGGAGAGCCAUGAUUCAAACUCCAACUUCCAUAGUUUUAAUAGUUUACACAUUCAUCUCAAUGUGGUUUGUUGGUGGUUUGACUGCCUUCCAUUUGUACCUAAUCAGUACAAAUCAGACAAUGUAUGAGAAUUUCAGAUAUGGAUAUGAUCAUUGAGCAAACCUCUAUAGAAAAGGAGUGAUUGAGAAUUUCAAAGAGAUAUGUUCUAGCAUUCCCUUAUCCAAGAACAACUUCAGGGCAAAGGUACCCAGGGAACCUGUGUUACCAACACGACCUGGUGAUUUUAUGAGUCCAAAUAUGGGGAAUGUUGUGGGUGACAUAGAAAUGGGUAGGAAAGGUGUGUGGGGUGAUAUGGGGCUAGUUGAUCAUUGUUAAGGGCAACUAACAGGUGAACGUGUAAAUGUUAAGGAGGAUGAAUUAGGAGAAUUGACUCCAGAAACUAGUACAGCAGAUGACACGGGUGACCAUGCUGGUAUACAUCCCAGGCAAUCUAACUGAGGUAGAAAAAGUGGUAGCUGGGAAAUGCCGUCGGAAGUUGUUUCUUUGGCAGCUAGAGUGGGGGACUCAAAUCGAGCAGUUAGGAGUAGCAGCAGGAGCUUGGCAACUUAGAAGCCUUAGACGUAACCAAUGAUGAAAUAUCGAGUGGCAAAUAUGGAAAUCAUUGCUAAGGUUGCUUAACAUGCUCCCUCAAUGUUGUGCUUUAUGGGGAGAAAUGUUUUGAGCCUUGUGCUCUGAGGAAGAACAGAGCUGGUGUGGUGCGGUAUAAGAGUGAGGUUUGAUUUUGUAUUUGUGGAAUUACUUGUUCCUAAUUGUGUAUUUGUCCUUGUGGAUUCAUUUUAGUGUCUUAUAGUGUUCAUUUCACCUCUUUCUCCGUCUCUUUGUGAGAUUAUGUUCAUUGACGGGGUGCUGCUGAUUGGCAAGUUUGGCAAUGGCAGAUGGGCUGUCAGUAGGUCAACAAUUAGACUUUGCUUGAAUGAAUAUUGGUGUCCCACAAAAGCAGCUGUCUCAAUGCCAUCCUGAUGACACCUUCAUCUUCUACAUGAACCAAAAUGCUCUAUAGAUAGCAUACAUUUGAUAUGUAUUUUUAUAUCUAUCUCAUUUCUUUUUUCCUUUUA